UAUAUGGUUUUUUUUUUAAUACUACAAAAUUCAUUCACUUUAAUAAUACAAUUCUUUUUAUUGUUAAGAUUGUGAUAUUAUGCAAUGAUGUAUUUUGUAUUCUUAUUCUCUUUUUAUGAUUACAGUUCGAGGAAAAACAGAGCCAAGUGAAGUUUUUUGAGCUCUUCGAACGCAUUUAUAAGCAACAGAAGGGUACCGAAGAAUUUAUGGACAACAUGUCCAAGACUAUCUGUAAAUCAUACACUUCGACUUUUUCGAACAAGUAUGAUGAUGAGCUGUCAAUUCGGCCGGAGUUUGAUCAUGAGGCAUGGAUUGAGGCCAUUAGAAGGCCCAACAAUACUUGGACCCACGUUUAUGGAUUUGGCACUAGAGUCCUUGUUUCAAGACUUUUAGCUCUAAACGCGGUGUCUAAGUUUGCUUGUGGUCUUGACGUUGCACGACCUUCUCUGGCUCUUGUGCCUGAGCUUGAGGGAUAUCGACAAUUAAUUAGUAACGUCUAUAGCUUGAUGAUGUCAAUGGGUAGAAUUAAUAACUUGUUUGAGGUCAUUGCAAACAGGUUAUCACCUUCAGACACCUUCGAGUCUUCCUCAUCACAACAGUCGGGUUUGCCACAUCCACCAUAGCAGCAGUAGCAACAAUAGCCACCCCAUCCCCUCAGUGAGCUUUGUAUUGGAUACUUAUUUGGAUUAUUAUUAUUAUAUGUUUA